UCGAGUUUCUACAGUCAAACCAACAAGAUCACAGAGAAGCAGGACACAAAAACAAAGACCCCUUUUAGUAUUUUCAACAUCAGAACAAUUCUAACAUGAGCUGCAUUUUAAUCCUUAUUUUUCUAUUCAUUUCAAAUGUUGUCAUUUCUCAGUCAGCAGACAGAAAGUUAAGUCUUCAAACUGGAGCAUCUGUUACCAUCCCAUGUCCUUAUGAUAGGAAAUAUUUACAUCAUAAGAAAUACUGGUGCUAUGAUGCUGCUGCAGCAUACAAUUACUGCACAAUUCAGGCGUAUGCCAACGAUACACAGGGGAAAGUGACAGUAACUAAUAAUCCAGCUGAGAGUCUCUUUACUGUGACUAUGAAAGAUCUCCAGACAGGAAACACUGGAACAUACUGGUGUGCUGUAGAGAUAGAAGGAAUAUUCGGGCCAGAUGUUACAGAACAACUUUCUAUCACAGUGAAAGCAGAUCCUGAUCUGUCUGUGAGGGAGAGCAGUGUGAGUGGUGAUGAAGGAGGCAGCGUCACAGUUCAGUGUCUCUACAGCGCUGCAUAUCAGAAAACACAGAAGCAGUGGUGCAGAUUCAGAGACAGACGCUGCAUCUCAGUGACGAGGCCUAACACAUCCCAGAAUUCAGCAGUGAACAUCAGUGAUGAUGGGAAAAGUUCAUUCAGUGUGCAGAUGAGUGGACUGAAGAAGAGUGAUGGUGGCUGGUACUGGUGCAGUGCAGGAGAUCUGGAGGUUCCUGUUCACAUCAGUGUCCGUGAUCCACCUCCAGUUGUAACUUCAGCAGUAACUACAAUCACUCAGCAUGUCACUACACACACAUCUGUCUUGAAGCCCAGUGCAGCAGCAUCUGAGACUACAGAUUCUAACAGUGAUGAAACCACGUGAGUGUCAAAAAACAUUCAGAACAAAUUUAGGCCAAGUGCUGACAAAGCUUUAGCGCCAUCAUCUGGUCAAA